CCAGCAUUUUUUGCAGCCGUGUUAGCUGUUAGCCUUGCGCAAACAGCUGUCAACCAGUUCCCUGAUGGUUUCCUCCUGGGAGCUGCCACCUCUGCCUAUCAGAUAGAAGGCGCCUGGAACGAGAGUGGAAAGGGAGAGAGCAUCUGGGACCACAUGUUGCACGAACAGCCUAUUUACACGACGGACGGCGCCACCGGCGACGUCGCCUGCGACAGCUACCACAAGUAUGAGGAGGACGUGCAGAUGCUGAAGGCCAUCAACGCUACCGCGUACCGGUUCUCCAUCUCGUGGCCACGCGUGCUACCCAAGGGCGACCUCAGCGUCAUCAACCAGGCAGGCAUUGAUUACUACAACAACCUCAUCAACGAGCUGCUGGCCAACGGAAUUCAACCUGUGGUGACGAUGUACCACUGGGACCUACCCCAAGCGCUGCAGUACCUCGGUGGGUGGGUUAACGAGAUCAUGGUCGACUACUUCGCGGACUACGCCAAGCUGCUCUUCGACAAUUACGGAGACAGGGUGAAGUGGUGGAUCACGUUCAACGAGCCCGCCAUCAUCGUCUGGGGCUACGCCAUCCCCGGCAUGCCGCCCGGCAUUCCGGCGACGGGCGUCGGCGACUACCUGGCGACGCACACGCUGGUGAAGGCGCACGCGCGCGUCUGGCACCUCUACGACGAGCAGUACAGGGCGACACAGAACGGCUCUGUGGGAAUGACACUGAGCAGCUCACAAUACGAACCGUAUACAAACUCUACUGAAGACAUAGAAGCAACUGAGAGACAAAGACAGUUUAAGGUUGGGAUUUUCGCCCACCCUAUCUACAGUCAGGAGGGUGACUACCCUGCAGUAGUGCGUGAAAGGGUGGACAACAACAGCAAAGCAGAAGGACUAGCGCGCUCAAGGCUGCCAAAAUUCACGCAGGAGGAAACAGAAUACAUUAGAGGAUCUGCUGAUUUCUUCGGUCUCAACACAUACGGUUCACAGUACAUAGCGGCUGGAGACUUCCCCAUUGCACCGUCUCGCAGACACGAUUCCGGCGUCAUCACAAAGGAUGAUGAGAUUCCACUCGAUCAGUCAGCCGCAGGGUUCAGAAAGAUACUGAACUGGGUGGUUGCCGAAUACCCUGGAUACCCCAUUUUCGUGUCGGAAAAUGGCCUAGGCAACGACGGUAGCGUCGGUCUGAACGACACGGACAGAGUAGAGUAUUUUGCGGCUUUCCUUCCUGCCCUUUUGCAAGCUGUGAACCUAGACAACGUUCCCGUGGUCGGCUACACGUGCUGGAGUCUCAUGGAUAAUCUGGAGUGGCAACUGGGAUACUCGAAGAAAUAUGGCUUGUACCAAGUGGAUUUCGAUAGUCCAGAUCGAACGAGAACACCAAAGGAGUCUGCACAUUUCAUGUCCACAAUCUAUGGGAGCAGACAAGUUCCAGAAGAAUUCUUUCGCUAGAGAUGCUGAGACAGUGUCACUCCAUGUACUUCAGUAAAAUAAAAUACUAGUUACUAAACUUUUCUUUUAAUGUGUAAAAUGUCCUAAUUUAUUACCAAUCGCCCAUCUUUUGGUAUUCAUUAUUGAUGUUAUUAUUACGACGUACUCCACAAAUCAGUUAAUGCAUUUCUUA